AUGUCACAGUUCACCAGGUGUUCUACCUCAAAGUACAAGUUUGGUGCUCAUAUAUCCACGGCUGGAGGCAUCUCAAAGAGUGUUACAAAUGCCUUCAACAUCGGAUGUAAUGCUUUUGCCAUGUUUUUAAAAUCCCCCCGAAAAUGGGUUUCACCAAGCUACAGUCAAGAAGAGAUAGACUUGUUCAAGAAGAACUGCAAAGAGUUAGGUUACAAUCCUUUGACGGACAUUCUGCCGCAUGGUCAAUACUUCAUCAACCUCGCCAACCCUGAGCCAGAGAAAGCAGAGAAAAGUUACGAUAGUUUCUUGGAUGACUUGCGCCGUUGCGAACAGCUAGGGAUCGGGCUGUACAACUUUCACCCCGGCUCAUCGUUGAAGGCAGAUCACGACACCCAGCUGAAGCAAUUGGCUUCGUACAUCAAUAAAGCCCACACAGAGACCGGAUUCGUGAAAAUUGUGCUAGAAAACAUGGCUGGCACGGGAACCUUGGUGGGCAGCGACCUUUCGGACCUUGGAAAAGUCAUCGAAAUGGUAGAAGACAAGUCAAGAGUAGGCGUAUGCAUCGAUACGUGCCACACGUUCGCUGCCGGCUACGAUAUCGGCACGAGAGAGGCAUUUGACGAAUUUUGGAAGAAUUUCGACGACAUCAUAGGUUUCAAGUAUCUCUCAGCAGUCCAUCUAAAUGAUUCAAAAGCCCCACUGGCAGCUAAUCGCGAUCUGCACGAAAAGCUGGGCGAAGGGUUCUUGGGGCUCGAAGUGUUCAAGCUUGUUGCAAAUGCCGAAUUUUUGCGUGGUAUUCCCAUUAUUUUGGAGACACCUCAGCCCGAGGACGAAGGCUACGGCAACGAAAUCAAACUUCUAGAGUGGCUGGAAAAUUAUAGUGAAGAGAAGGAUAUGCAGGAGUUUGACACAAAAUCAGAAAGUCUACAUACCAACGGCACCAAAUCCCGAAAUGAGCAGUUGGCCAAAUUUGACAAAAAAACCGCUACGAAGACCGCCAAAAAGGGUACUAAGCGGUCAAGCACCUCCAAAACCGACAUUGCAAACCAGCUACGUCCCAAGAAGGCCAGAACCAAGAAGGAAUAA